AUGGCUAAAUACUUGAAAAGGCCCUUCAAAGACACUCUGGGUGAUAUAAAAGAAAGAAUGAAAGAGAAAAGAAAUCAGAAAUGGACAAGGCUGGGUAAAAUAAGCCAGAUCUCCACUGUAAAGUGCAAAAUAGCGACAAACAGCUCCGUGCAAAUGAAGAGCAUCCAAGCAAACAACAGAGCUCUAGCUCAGGCUUUGCAAGAAGAAAAGCUUAAACUGAGGGAUGCCCAGGUUACCAUCCUUCAGUUAAGGAAAGAGUAUCAAGAUCUGAAGGUUCAGAUGUUUGACUUGCAAAGAAAUCUCAGGUUCAAGCAAGCUCGAGGACUUAGUGAGAAUCAAUUGUCAGCCUUGAAUGAGAUAAUGUCAAAAGUUUCUGAGAAUUUACUGAACUCGAUUGCUCUCCUUGGCCCAGCAAAGAAUUUGUGUUCCACAGGUGUAAAUCAGAGUGUGCUUUCUUCAGCUCUUGAAAAUAGUUCCAAUGUCGCAGGACAAAUAUGUUCAGUAGGACUUCUACAGUGUGCUGAUGGAGAUCACCAAGUACUUCCAAGUGGGAUGGAGGCUGAUAGUGAUCAAAACGAGCUGGCUCAUUCUGUGUCAGAGAUCUGUGAGGAAUCUGACAAUGCAGUUUCCUUAAUCAAAAUAGUUCCAGACAAAGGGCAAACGUCUGAUUUUCAUCUGGACAACACAGGGUCAGAGCUGGAAAAUGUUUCUUUAAGUGGAGAGGAUGGAUUUGGUAAUGUGUUACCAAAAAGUGUGUCCACCAGGCGUCGCUAUUCAAAGACGAGAAAUUACGAUGAACUUCACCCAGGUGUCUGGGACCAUUCAGAAGCACCUGAUUCAGCAAGGGAGCUUUCUAAACUGGAUGAAAUUAGACUUGAGGAAAGUCUAGAGAAGCAUACUGUAGAAAACAUAAAUUCAGAUAUUUCUCAGUUGAAUGAAAACAAGUUAGGCUCAGAGAUGGUGUUCAGGCAGACAGAUUCUGGCACUGCACAGUUCAAUUUAAGGAAUAAUUCUGAUCUUAAACAACGUGACUGUAAAGGCACAGAAGACUCUCAAGUAAGGAAAAAGAAACAUCAAAAGGGAAAACUGGAAUGGCCUAAAAAUAUUCCCAGACAAAGACCAAAAAAAAGACAGGGUAAAGAGGCUUCCAAAGAAAAGUUGGAUUUCUUGGGUGGCUCUUGUGAUGCUUAUGACUUUCAUUUUGAAGAGUGUGUCCAUCUUACACCUUUUCGACAAAAUAAGGUGAAUGACACAGACACUGAUGUGGAUGACCAAGAAGACUUAUCCAAAACUAAUACCAGUGAGUCAAGUGACAUUGAAGAUUCAGACGAUAGCCUCUAUGAGCCUUACAAGAGUAAAUCGAAAAAAAGGAAAAGUUCAGUGGACAACACAGAUACGUCGCCUGUCCAUGAAAGGCGAAGGUCUAAAAGAUGUUUGGCGCAGCGUGAGCAGAAACUCCAUAAUGAAAAAGAGACUGAAAGCAAUAAAUCAAGUGACAAAUCUAUUAGGCAGCCUUCUGAGCCACCUCGUGGUCAUCUGUGUGAUGUCACCAACACUGCUUCACUGCUCCCCAGCACUGGGAAUGCAACUGUUGUACCAGAAGGUGAAGAACCACAAUCUCCAAAACGCAAGCGACGCUGCACUCUUACUGUGAGCUAUAAAGAACCAAGUAUUGCAGGGAAACUCAGGAGAGGAGAUCCAUUUACAGAUACAAAUUUUCUCAAUUCUCCAAUUUUCAAGCAGAAAAAAGAUGCUAAACGCCAUUCUCUUAAGAAAGAAUCUCUAUCAAAAUAUAAUGAGAAAUUUGUUGGUUGUCGUUGA